UUGUGGAACAUAAAGGGGCGCGUUGUUCUCUGGAUUAAGUGAAAGUGUUGGAUCAGGACAGAGCCGCGCUUCUUUACUGCUGAUAGACUCACAAAGGCGAGAUCUGCUCCCGUGGGAAAACCAGCUCCUCUCAACAUGAGAACACUGGACCGAGCUUUUCAGCUCUUUAUUUGUCUGGUUGGAUUCGCUGUACUAUGUCAAAGCAGGGUGGUGAAAGUGCCCGUCGGUCCUCUGUUAAGUGUUGAGGGGCAGUCCGUGUCUAUCCGCUGCAACGUCUCGGAAUAUCAGGGACCCCUGGAGCAGGAUUUCGAAUGGAGUCUGCUAGUAAACGGCAAAGACGAAGUCAGGCUCAUUUCCACAUUUGAUCCUUCGUUUCCAGACAAGUCAGUGUUGGACCGGGUCAACAGCGGUGACAUAAGUGUCGGUAGAUUGGGAGAUGCUGAGGCACAGCUUGUUAUUAAGAAGGUUAGAGCCACGGAUAGCACCAUCUAUCGCUGCACCACUCCCAGCACCGAUACUAUUAUCACUGGGAACACCUAUGCAGAUGUGGAACUUAAAGUGAUUGGAGACACUCUGAAAGUGAAUGCAGCCAUUCCGAAGCCAGCAGUCUCUGAGGGAAAGUCUGUGGAACUGAACUGCAACGUUACCCGGGCCUACACAGCACACACCGUCCUCUCCGUCACCUGGUCCGUUAAAAAAGCAGGCAGCUCUUUGGAAGAGAUCUUGACGUUCGGACCUGACAGUGAGCUGAAGGUCGGGCAGGGUUCUGCUCAGCGUUACGCAGACGGUGAACUUCUAUUAAAACUCAGUGGUGACUCUUAUGGAUUGACUCUGAAGGGGGUGAGACCACAGGAUCAGGGUACAUAUGUGUGCACAGCAAGAGAGUGGGCAAGGCAGCCUGGAGGAGGAAAAGGCUGGCAGAAGAUUCUAGAUCGAAGUGUAGAAAUGGGGAAUCUUGCAGUCACACCCAUAGCCCAGUCUCUGGUGGUGUCUGUGGAGAAGAAAACUACACUCAGCGUGGACGAAACGCUAAACCUGACCUGCUCAGUAGCCGCUAAUGACCUGUCUUCUCUGGGCUUGGAGGUCACAUGGCUGGUCGGGGCACCGAGUGGCUCCGGUAACCCACGAGUUCUUCUCCGAGUGGGGCGCGAUGGCCAGCUUCUGGAGGGUUCUGAGCAAGCAGGCAUGAGCAGGGUUCAGCCGGGUACAUUCAGGCUUCUUUUGCAGAAGGUUCAGCCCUCAGACUCCGGCCUGUACUCGUGCCUGAUCAAGGCCUGGCUGCCAAAAGGGAGUGGGGGAUGGUAUGACGCUGCAAACAAAGCCUCUGACCCGGUGGAAGUUCUGAUUAAACAGCUGGAACCAGAGUUUAAGGUGAGUCUCACCGCUCCCGUGACCCCCCAGUUCACGGCCGAUCCCACCGAACUGCUCUGUGAAGCGACCGAUCUCCUCAACCUGCAAGAUGGACGCCUGGGCGUGACCUGGUCCUACACCAAAAACACACCAGGAGAUGCCUCUCAGAGCGCAACCAUUAUCGCCUCUUUAAACGAGCGGGGUGUGCUGGUACCGGGAGGUGUGUAUCAGCAGAGGCUGGAGAAAGGUGAUAUAGCCGUGAGCCGCAGUGGCCCUGACACCUUCAAAAUAAGACUGCUUCACACUCAGGAUGAGGACAUGGGCUUUUACACUUGCAUAAUCGCCGCUUGGACUCAUGGUCGCCAGGACCAAUGGAACAAGGCUAAAGAGGUCGCGUCCACUCCUGUCGCAGUACAGUGGACGACUAAGACUCCAGUGGUCAGCGUGGUCGCUCAUCGAGUAAGAGAGGCUUCUACGGGCGGCUCCACGUUUGAGAUGAGCUGCCAGGUGACCGGUCAGAACCUGCAAAACCCCGGCUACUCUGUGCUCAUCCGUUGUGUGAAUUCACAAGGUGGGAAGGCACGUAAAAUCAUAUCCCUGAAUGCUGAUUCCGUGCUGCAACUGGAGGAAGGAAUGGUGCACAGUCGUGCUGAUAGUGUGGCUCUAGAGAAGACGGGUCAGCUAGAGUACCGCUUUCGCCUGUGUAAUGCUCAGGACUCUGACCGGGGUUCAUACUACUGCGACGUGACUGCGUGGACUCGUGAUCCCAGAAACGAAUGGAACAAAGCUGUCAGCGCAGAAUCCAAUAAAAUAGAGAUUGCCUUUGCUGACACAGCACCUGUAUUUAACAUAUCUCUUAAGGCAGACAGCCUAAACGUUUUGCAUGGGGACACAGCCAAAAUAGAGUGCGUCAUGUCUGUUCCUUCAAAUAUAGGUGAUGUGGCGUAUGAUGUUAGCUGGUUCCAGAGCCCAUCGACGGUGAUGGAGAACAGUGUGCCCCUGAUCAGUGUGGACCAUUGGGGAGUGGUAAAGAAAAGUGGCGGAAAUGAGAGCGCACACUUUAGUCUAGAACGUCUAGACAAAGGCACAUUUGUGCUCACUGUUCACCAUAUUCAGGACAGAGACAUGGGCGAGUACUACUGCAAAGCCAAGCUCUGGUACCUCUCGACUGCCACUAAACUUUGGAAUGAGGGGCAGGAACACACUUCUAACCCGGUCUUUCUGUCCAUCAAGCUAGAAUUGUGGAACUCUAUAAAGACCCCGUUGCUGUAUGGCCUGGGUGCAGCCCUGAUUGUUGGCAUCCUGUCAGUUCUUAUUGGAUAUCUCACGUCCCACUUCUGCAUAUCCAGAAGCCCCAUGCACACCCCACGCAAUAAGCUCAUAGACCUGGAGAUGGACUGAAGCACCUGAGGGACUGGAAACCAGUCCUCUAACAUCUGUGACCAGAUUUGAAAGUAUCGCCCUUUUAAACUAGCAUGACUGCUAAUGUCAUACCAGUCGUAUUGAGCCACGAGUGUGAAUGCACUGUUUUAAGUGAGAAACAGACUUGACUACUUGAUCGUGUGCACUCAGGAGGACAAGGAGGACUACUCACCUUAAUGUUUGGCACACUUGCCCUACCUCAGAAAUAACUUGCUGGUGGUCCAGUGCACAUUACAUACUUUACCCAAAUGUUUGUUUGCAUUUUAGGGAGCAGGUUAUUAUUUCUGUAGGAAGAACGGCAAUGAAAAAGCGACGGGAGCAUAAAAGCCUUGGAAAAAAAAAACAGAAACUGCAAGUGCCAGCUUUACUUCUGCCAUUCCACCAAUUCCACUCCUGAUUCUUUUGCCAUAGAUCGCCUAAUUCUAUCUAGAACUAACUCACUUUGUUCACAUACAGUGUUGAUGUUGGAUACAUGCCUUUGUUGUAGAGCCUCACCAUAUCAGUUACUAGAGUGGGUACUUGGAAAAGGGCCUACUCACACUCCCAGCAUUCCAGCUGGUCUCUAAACCCCCUGAUAAAUCAUAUCCCAUGAUAAGUUCACAAGUACUCCACAUGGGCACACACGCUUGCACAGUUACACACUUUUAAAUGCAUUAACAUUUCACCACACAGUGGAAAAGGUACACUAUUAUUGUUCUUAAACUGCACUCAAUGUUUUUUUUUAUUAUUAAAGUAGGUAUUUCUUGCUUUAGUGUUAUUAUAAUUAUUAUUAUUUUACUAAAAUCAUUCUUUAAAUGUAGCAGUGAUUAGCCUGCAGUCUGUGUUGUGCACCUGAGAGUGAGCUGUAUUGAGAUGUUUUAUAUUAUAAGCAUUGCUUUGGUAAGUAAGAGUGGACCCAGAAAUGGACCUGUGAUCUGUUUUUUUUUAUUUUAUUAUUCUUUUAAACAACACAUGCAUUUUACUGCUGCAUGGUGUGACUUCUUAUUUUUCCCCUGCCCCACCCCUGUCCUUUUUUAACUACUGCUUUUUUAAAUGUUUUGUAAAUGCAAAUAUAUUCUACUCAGUUGAGUGAAAUAUUGUUUUGUUUCCAUUUUUAUAGUUUAGUUUUUAGCUCUUUUUUAAAGGUUAUUAUCACGGUUGGCUUGAUCUAAGUGUGUAUGAAAAGCCUAAAUUAUUAAUGCAGAAUUUAAACAAAUAAAUCACUAAUUAUUUUUC